AAUUGAAUUAAUUCCAGGCUUUAGCUUAUAUUUCAUACCCACAACCAACCCUAAAUUCCCUUUUGCCUCAAUUUAGCAUUCAAGAUUAUGGCCGCAGCAGCCUCCAGUCAAGACCAUGUCUUGACGAUGGCAUCACUCCAGGAUGAGCUCCUGGGUAAGAUAUCAAAGAUCCAGAAAUCUCUGCCCAAGAUAUUGGAGAUGGAGAACUCUCUGAGCGAACUGGGACAGAUAUGGGAGAUGGAGAAAUCGUUGGGCGAACUGGGCAAGAUAUCAAAGAUGGAGAAAUCUCUAGCCGCGCUGAAGAAAUUAAUAUCGGAGAAGCUUGACCUACUACUCCCCGUCAGUCGCAAACAUGGGGCCGUUCGUCCUUACCCAAGCUUGCCCAUGGUAGAGAAUGCAUCAACGACAGUAAAUCAAGGGGAAGAUAGAUCUUUGUUUUUAAUGGUAACUUUCACAGGGGGCAACACUGCUGCCGUAUAUGAAGUUAAAUUCAAAUUUGGAGGAGAAGUUGAAGAUAUGGGCGGAGGAGGACCACUUGAACCAGUAGCCACGUUCAGUUCUUCUUCCUAUUUGGGUGCAAGGAUUUUUGACCGCUCUCAACUGUAUGUGUUUUCAGAGGAGGGUUGGGAUAAACCUUGCGUUAGGUCAUUUGGAGGGUAUAUCUUUGAUACGAAAACUAGGGCAUUAGAUCGCUUAACACCUUCUAUCGUACAGUUUAAGCAGCAUGGAACAGUUGUGUCGGCAUAUGGCACACUUUAUUUUCUUGAAGCCAAAACGGAAUUCGUAGAAGGUUCAGCCUUAUACUUCGGGAAAUAUAACCAUGAUAAGAAAGAUUGGGUGCAAAUGCCUCGUUGGUUAUGGCAUUAUUUUGUUUAUAUUGUCUGA